AUGCCACCAGAUCUAAAUUCACUCCCUCCAUCAUCCACUUCGUCCUCUCCUUACCACACCCGCAGAGUCAGCCUCUCAAUGGACAGCAACAACGGCAGCUUCGCACACUCGCUUUCGCCUCGAUCCUCUUCGAUCUCGCUGCAGGCUACCGCAACGAUGAAUGCGGCAGCGGACUCAUCUCGCCGUUCCUCGUCUGGAGCCCACCGAGGCUCGCCUCAGACAAGACCUGAGCGUCGCCGCUCUGGGGCUACCAAUCUCCACGAAGCCUCUCUUUCCGACGCUACUGGCACCGAAUCUCCGCAGAAUCGACACAAUCGCGCUUCGUUUGGAAGUGUUUUCAGAACUCAUAGUCCUACCAGCAUUGCUGGGAGUCCUGUGAUUGCUACUGGGGACCCCCACCAUCAGCGUGCACCUUCACUUGGUGAGCUGCACCAGGAGCUUGAGCAGGAACAGGAAGCUCAAGUUAAUCGACUCCUGUUGAUGAUUCGCAACCAGCAAGCCCAGUUGCAGCAGCUUCAAUCACAGCAGCAGACUGCAACAGCUGGUGGAACAGCCAUCGAUGACUCUACUCCUACUUCAGAGAGAUCGUUCUCCUUCCCACCCAUCCCGCCGCUACCUGCUGCUAGUCAGCGAAUCCCCAUUCCCUCUGCCUCCAACCUCUCUGCUCGACGGGGCUCAAACGCUGCUGUGUCCCCGCUUACCUCCAUUCACCCCACUGGAUCCCAAGGCGAGACUGGCACUAGCGUUAGUAGCAAUGAGUGGCUUCAACUCUCCGAGUCCAACGGCCGUCGAGGUAGCAGAGACGAAAGCUCAUACUAUCAAGCCGAGACAACUGCUUUGUCCAGAGAGAAUCAGAUGCUGAAGGUUCGCAUUAGGGAGUUGGAACGACAAGUAGCUGAGUUGACUGCCAAUAACACCCAACCUGCCGCCCAGCCAAAUGAGAGUGUCCAGCCAACUCCAACUGAGUCUAUCACUGCGUCUGUUGUUGAAAGCAACCCGCAGACACCAACACCACAGGCAGAAGCCAGACCAUGA